CAGUGCUGCAAUCUGCAACGCUAGCAGCUUUUAUUCUUUUUCCUCAUAUUUUCUUUCUCAUUGAGUUUGCAUUUAAGAAGUAAUUGUUCAUCAUUACUAUCAUCUCCAUCUGCUGCCAACUUGGUAACACAUUCAUUCAUUCUUCCAGAUUAGUGGAGGAAGUUGAGUUGGGUUGGCUUUAGGUACAUCAUUUCCAUUCAAAUUCCACCUAACUGCACUUCUCCUAUGUUUUGGGAACAGCCUGGUACUUGUGUUGCUGAUGGCGACGAUCAUUUCUGUCUGAUUGAAUUUUGACCCUGAUUUAGAGAUAAGAACAGGGAUUAUCCAUGACCCAGCUUCCCAUUCUCCAAUACCCAAAUGCUAUUUUUUUAUUAAAAUGGGGAAACCCAAUAGACUAUUGCCUCCAUUACUUUAAGCAAAUAUAGCUAAGCAGGACAAAAUAUAGGUAUCCUUAUUUGCACAUUUUGUCCUUUGAAUGCAUGGUCCUUUAUCUGUGUUAUACAAUGUUUUUUUAAGCAUAUGUUGUUGUGGUACUCUGUGAAAGCAGCACUUAGCCUAGACGAGAGGAGAUUACCAUGUUGGAAAGCAUGCUGAAAGCACAUAAUUCCUUGCCAAUCAUUAUGCAAAUGGGUGCAGAGCGUGGGGUAGUUGUGUGAAGAGUACUGUGUAUAGUUGACUGCCUGUUCCACCCACGUUUAGUAAUCCUCAGUGUCCUUGUGAGAAGCUAUCAUCUUUCAAAUACUGGUUAUCUUUUGGCAAUGUUGCCUAUUGCCUCACAUAAACGGUCUUCAGAGUUCUAGGUUUAUGAUUAGGUUAGUGUUCAGUCUGUCCAAGGACCUGAUUAAUAGCAUGCCUUCUCAGGGCUGCAAAUGAAGUACACCCUAUAAGCACGGUGUAGUCUAUGCACAGUUUAGGGCUCUUUUGAUAUCAUUAGUCUGUAGAUUUGUAUUUGGGUGUAUAGAAAUCUUGAACUUUUGGUCUCACAGAACAUGAUGUCUGCAUUCAGAUAGUUCUUCAGGUAAGUUAUCAGAUGUGUAAGAUUCUUCUAUACCCUUGUGCAACAGACUUCUGUCUUUUAGGACUUUGUCACAGGCAUUAAUGAACUAGGACAUGAGGUUUUACUCUUGGGAUUUGGAGCAUCCGAUGUUGUAGAGAGAACCAACUGAAAAAAAGACAUAAUCUCUGAAUCAUUUUGUGAAAGUUCAAAAAGAUCCUUGCAUAAUCAAGAUGGAAAGCAAGGAUUUCAAGAGCAGCAAAGUUGGGUUUCUUGGCCUGAGAAACCAACUGGGUAGAAGGGAUUCUCAAGAGGUCAUUUUGGAUAAAACACAAGGGGACAAAAGCAGCAGCAGCAACCCCUUAGGAAAUGAUACCUCAUCGUCAACAACAACCCAUCUCAGAAAACCGAGCGUAUUUACUUCUCACAUAUCCUCGUCCUGCGUGGCUUCUGGAUCUAAACCGGUGGAUGGUAGAGAAGUGAACAAGGAGACAAAACAGAACUGUGCUCAAAGUGUUGUUGAUGGUUCUGGAGCUUCAGGGGAUUGCGAUAUUGGUCUGAAGCUGGGAAAAAGGACUUAUUUUGAAGAUACAAAUGGUGGAGGGGCAGCAAAAGCAGUAACUCAAGCGUCGGUAUCCCCUGUUUCCUCUGUUCAGUCUAAGAAGUCUCGGGCCCUUGCUCAAGCUAUUCAGACCCCGCGUUGCCAAGUUGAAGGUUGCGAUAAGGAGCUUACCAACGCAAAAGAAUACCACCGUAGGCAUAAGGUUUGUGAAGAGCACUCCAAGACUGCCAAAGUCAGAGUAUCUGGUAUAGAACAGCGAUUUUGUCAGCAGUGCAGCAGGUUUCAUGAAUUGAUGGAAUUUGAUGAAGGGAAACGGAGCUGUCGGAGACGUCUUGCUGGUCACAAUGAGCGCCGCAGGAAACCUCAGCCUGAUCCAAUGGCAAUGACCCCUGCAAGGCUUCUGCCACCUUUUCAUCAUGAUAACAGGCAUGGUAACUAUUUAGAUAAACCUUUCUUCCUGCAUCCAAGUAUCAGUUCCACUUCAAUUCUGGGAGAUCCUUGUGACUACAAACAUGGCCAUGGACAGAGACCUUGGACACGGUUCAUCAAGACUGAGGAUCAAUCAACUUAUGAUGGGCACUUACAAAUACCGAGCGUUGAUCAGCAGUCAUAUUCGGGCUCCGAGAGGCUACUUCUAUCCUUACAAAACCCAAAGAAUCUGCCCUCUAAUGUUCUCAAUCAAGGAUAUUCACAGUAUAUUCAGAGCUCCGGGAGUCCACUUGGUCACACAUUGACUCUCUCAUCCUCACCAGGAACAGAUCUUAUCUCAGGUUCAGAACUUACGCCCUCCAUUCAUAAUUUAUCAGGAGUCUCAUACUCUGGCCGUGCUCUCUCUCUUCUGUCAUCACCACCAUCAUGGGCGUCAAGACCUUCAGUAUCUGUUUCUCUGAAUAUGGCUACAAGGUCAGGUGUUUCACUGGAUGAUUUUAUACACAACCAAUCUCCCAUGACCCAACCAUCCAUGCAAGGAUUACAGCAUAGCUAUGAUUUUGUUGACGAUAAGCUAUUGAGUAUUAGCCCUCAGUCACCUACAAGCCUUGUUUCAAGUGGAUUUUCUGCAACUGGAGCAACCUCUAUCAAUAAGGAUCGACAUGUUGGAGCAGUUGCUCCUAAUACAGGAGGCAUUGGGAACUUUGGAAGCCAAAUGUCUGGUUUACUACAGGGGUCUGAAAUAAGAGAUUCUCAGUGUUUGAGUCCAAAAGAUGUAAGGUGUACAAUUAACCUUUUGCGAAAGACCUCCAGUGGACAAAUUAACCAAUCUCAGGGUGUUACAAGGAUUGGCCAGCAGGGAAGCGGUCAGGUUUCAGAGUUUGAAUCAAUGAGAGCUUACGAACCAUCUAUGUUCUUCUCACAGCAAAUGAUGUAGUUCCACAAGUAUACUUUGCAAGUAUUAUUAUUCUUUUGGCUUUACCUGCAACCAUCUGACAAAUGACAUAAAUUUGAAAGCAUCUAUACAUUUAAAGAAUAAUUUUUGAUUCUUGUGAUCAAGUAUAUUUUUUUA